AUGAGUUCAAAAGUAGAAAAACCUGAUGUCUCAUCUUGGAUUCAAGAUAUUGCAAAGAAACGCUUGAAUAUCGCAACAAGUGUAGCAGAAUUUAAAUAUGCUAAAUGUCGCGUUCGUCAAUUAAAAGGACCAAAUCAUUUUCCUUCAAUAGAAGACGAUUUUGAAAAGCAAACUCAUGAAACCUUAUCAAAGUCAGAUCAUAAACUGGGAGUUCUUUAUUGGAUGAUACGUGAACAAAGAGUACAAGAUAAUUGGGCUUUCUUAUUCGCUCAACGUUUAGCACUGAAAUUUGAGGUCCCACUGCAUGUUGGUUUUUGUUUAGUUCCAAAAGUUCAAGCUCAAACACUACGACAUUAUACUUUUAUGAUUGAAGGGUUAAAAGAAAUAGAACAGGAAUGCCAUGAACUUUGUAUACCGUUUCAUAUUACCUCUGCGAAUACGUUGAACAAACCAAAAAUAAAAACAGGCGUAAAGCGUAAAUUAGCUGAAAGUGAUAACACCCCUGAGGAUGAUAAUGAAUGUUAUUCUGAUGCAGUUGGAGAAUCUCUGUUAAAUUUAAUCAAAAGUGCUAAUAUUGGUUGUAUCGUUACAGAUUUUUCACCUUUACGUGAACCUUCAUCAUGGACAAAACGUGUAGCUGAAUUAUUACCCGAAAAUAUUCCAUUUUGUCAGGUGGAUGCUCAUAAUGUGGUUCCUGUAUGGCAUGCUUCAGAUCACUUAGAAUAUGCUGCUCGUACAAUUAGACCGAAAUUACACCAGAAGGCUACCAAUUUGAUGACUGAUUUCCCGCCGUUAAUUAAACACCCCUACUGUCAUCCACCGGAUUUUACGCCAACAUUGAUAGAUUGGGAUCAUUGGAUGUCAGAAUAUCCAGGAGAUUUAUCGGUUAAACCUGUUGAUUGGGCAACUCCAGGGACGAAAGGUGGUUUCGGUACUCUGUACACGUUUAUACACAAAAGACUGAACAAGUACGCUGAUGAUCGUAACGACCCAACAAAACACUGCCUGAGUGAUUUAUCACCAUGGUUUCAUUUCGGUCAAAUUGCACCGCAACGAGCGCUCUUAGAAGUCAAGCUUAUGCGUGAUAAGUAUAAAAAUUCAGUGGAUUCCUUCGUAGAGGAAGCCUUUAUACGAAGAGAACUAUCGGAUAAUUUCUGCUACUACAAUCCGAAAUACGACUCACUUGAAGGAGCAUGGAAGUGGGCACAAGAUACGCUAUCUCAACACGCCAAUGAUAAGCGUAAUCCUUCAUACAGUGGAGAAACAAUGGUUGGAGCUGAAACUAAGGACGACUUGUGGAACGCAGCUCAACGACAACUCGUACGUACAGGGAAACUUCAUGGUUUUUUGCGAAUGUAUUGGGCCAAGAAAAUCCUGGAAUGGCAUGAAGGUGGUCCUUCAGCUGCCCUAAAAUUGGCAUUAUACCUUAACGAUCAUUUCGCACUAGAUGGGUCUGAUCCCAAUGGCUUCGUCGGUGUCAUGUGGUCGAUAUGUGGUAUACAUGAUCAGGGUUGGGCAGAAAGACCUGUUUACGGGAAAAUCAGGUGCAUGACUUACAAAGGAUGUCAAGGGAAAUUUUCUGUACCAUUGUUUGUGGCACGUUACCCCAAGUAG